AUCUUUCUAGGCACAUAAACUCUUUAUUUUAUAUUAAGAGAUUUACUUUAACUUUCUGGACAUUUUAUGAAAACCCCUUUCUCCGUUCCUCCAAGGUGACAUAUUAUGAUGACGCUAAAUAGAACAUUUUUCAGAAGAAAUUAUACUAUAAUUCUGUAAUAAACUAAUAGUCCCGAAUCAGUUAAUGACAAACAAUUUAAAAUUCCGAAAUUGAAACAAAACACACACUCGCGGGGUCCGAUACGAGCGUCGCGACGCCGUUUUAACAGACGUUUCGCGUCGUCAGUGCGCGUCUAACUCCCGAUGAACACGAAACCGGUGGUCGUAGGGGCAGAGAACGAACUAAAAAGACACGAACGAACUUUCGAAAUUGUUUAAAGGAAAUGCGUAAAAGUGUUUACCGAUUGCGAAACUGUUUGAUACUACCGUAGAUCUUCAAGAGAUCACAAACGAGUUUUGGUUUUUUGCAGGCCUAUAUUAGGGCGUCGCGUGACUUCAAGAUGAAUUCCUCAAUCAGUAACAUCUUUCCAUCGCAGGAAUCCAUAACCACCACAAUUCCAGAUUCAUGGGAUACCUAUAGCGACUCCUCACAACAAGAAAACGCAACCUGCGACCCGAUCACCUCCGCCCAAACCGAAAUCUACUACGGAAUCCUCCCGAUUCUCCUGAUCAGCUGUUUCCUUGCCAUGAUCGUCAACGUCAUCGUGAUCGUCAGCGCUUGCUGGAUCAGAUCCCCUAUGACUCCCAAUUUGAAGAUCAGUCUUAGUCUGGCCACCGCAGAUGCCACCAGUUCCACUAUGUACGGACUAUUGGUGCUUAUCGAGGAUUACAAUUUCAAUGUGGGUAUUAUGCCUUUGGCUAUUGAGUUGCUGAGGUUAAGCGGGAUUAUAAUAACUGUAGUCCAUCUGUUAGCCCUGAGCAUCAACCAUUACAUCGGGAUUUUAAAGCCACUUCACUACAACCAAAUAGUAACAAGCAAAAAGGUUUGCAUCGUGAUCUGCCUACUGUGGAUUUGCCCAUUUGUCACUGUAGUUAGUUUGUGUCUUGCCUUCGAUAGGGAAGGCAGCAUGGCAAGUAGCUUUAUGGAAAAUAUGUCUCUAGAACAAAAAUUUAUGAACAAAUUCUCGUUCAGGAUUUCGUACUCGUCCCUAUUUUUCGUCCCGAUAUUCAUUAUGGUUAUUUGCUACGGAAAUAUCCUGAUUGUUGUAAAGAAACAGCAGAAUAAAUGGAACAAUUUAUCUAGGGUCGGAAGUACCAGGACGAAAGGUAAAACUAACGUAACAAAGGAACGAAAACAGUUGGAAGGAAAUGUGAGGGCGAUGUUUACCACCCUGUUGAUCCUUGGGUCGUGUUUCAUCGGAUGGACCCCAGCCCUCCUGUUCUACAAUUUGACCUGCUUGGAGGGGUGCUACAUCGAGGGUAAAGACUUGGACGAGCUGAACUGUAACCACACCCAUUUAAUAAUGGUCUUAAGAUUGAUCGAUAACGUGUUGAUUAUUUUAAAGAUGCUCGCCAACCCGAUCAUUUAUAGUAUACGGAUGAGGGAGAUUAAGGAUGGUACUCAUCGUAUGCUGUUGGCCAUCACGGGAAUUUUUUGUAAAUCCAGAAGAAACGCUCUGGAACAGUCCGGAUUUUACUACAGGUCCAGGAUGUUGGGCAACAAUUCGACCAUGCGAGUGCGCAUGUCCUCGGUGAAGCAAACGAGGAACGGCAGCCACGUGGUGGGAAAGGAUGAGGAUACUUUUUUGUAAAACUUAACUUUAAAAUGAACAACGAUGUUAUGGUGAUAUAGUAGAUUAAGAAAAUAUAUUUUUUAAUUUAAGGAAAAAAACAAACGAGCUAUUUUGAGCAGUUCUAUGACCAACGAAAAGAUGUUGAAAAAUUCAUAUCAUCCUGGGACCCGGACAUGUUUUUGUUAAGUUAGGGUUGAGAGGCUUUUAAAUAUAAUAAAAAAUACAUAAAUAAACAUUGUUUACUAAUAACUUUUUUUAUUUUUUUUCUUACUUUGAGAGAUACAUGUAAUAUGACGUCCAUUAAAAUGGACAUUGGGUCUUAACCUAAACAAAACUCCCAUACAAUCGUUGUAUUUAGUAACAACGUAAGGUCUUUUCACCUGAAUGUAUUUAGAGUCUUUCUUAGACCACCUUUUACACUCAUCGCUAGUUUGAAUUCCUCGAGCAGUAGAUGCCAAAAGUACAGAUUUCAGAUCAUACCAUUGUACAAUUACUAUUUCGCCAUCUUGUCUUACAAUUUGUUCCGAGCUGCCUCUACCUAUCUUGGCCAUCAUUUUUUCCGAAAUUAAAUUUGCUGCCGCUGGUACACGAAAUUUCAUAAUGGUUCUAGUACAAUAUUUCUCUUGUUGACGAAUAUAUUCGAGAAGUGGUAUUGUCGUGAAAUAUCUAUCGCAGUAUACAUGACUUCCAGGAAAUAGUGUCCUUCCAAGGCGAACAACAGCAGAAGGUCGUUUUACAGAAUCUUCUGGAAAAGUAUCUUUUCCUUGAUAUAAUUCAAAGUCUACGACAAGACCAUCAGGGGCAGCAACAACAAAAUUUUUUAAGCCCUCUGGAUUUGGCUUUUUUCUAACAAACUGCUUCAUUUUACAAGUCCCUGUAAAUGGGAUCAUCUGUUCAUCUACAGCAACCACUUUCUCUCUAGGUAGCUGCAAACACCCUUGCCAUACUGCUUUUAUAAUAGAAAUAUACUUUCCAAAAUUUGUCAGACCUGCGUACCCCUUCAGCGAUGCUGCCAUCAAUGACGAUUUUAAGGUUACUUCUUAUAGCAAAAAAUUUAUCUCGAGUCAUUGUAUCUGCAAUAGCUGAAACUUUAGUGGUUUUUGCCCAGUACACUCUGAUUUUGGGAUACUUUAGACUGAACAUCAAACAAACUAUUCCAAAAAAAUGUUUAAUCUCACUAAGAGUCAAUUUAAGAGAUACUCCUUUAAGUUCAACGUACCUUGCAUUUGUGCAAUCACACACUUUUUGGAAUAACUCAUCUUCAAAGUACAUGGUUAAAUACGAUUUUGCAGUCCAAUCAUACCGGAGCUCUGCGCUGGAUUUACUAGAGGGGCCUUCAAAAUUUGGAGGUGCAAAAGUAUCAUCUCUUCUCUCAGACUUUCGCUUUAAAGGAUCCACAAAUUGCUUGGCCAUUUUUAGGUUUUCUCUCAGGACACUAAGAGGAAUUCUAUCUUCUUCUUCUUCCUUCUCACUGCUGCUUACUAAUUCUUCAUUAAUUAUUUCUUCUCCUCUCCCCAUUAAAUUAUCCAUAGUUUGAAUUUCUUCUUCAUCAACAGACAUUUCAAUGUCAGAGUCAAUGAUUUUUAGUAUUUGCUCCAAUUUUUCGUCAUCUUCCCCUGACCAAAGCACUCUUUGAAAAUAUCUUGUCGGACUUGCAUUGUCUUAUUUAUUUAAUGUAACACGACGUUUCGGUUGGUAAGUAUCUCCAACCGUUAUCGUUAACCGUUAUCGUUACCUCUAACCGUAUAACAACGAUAACGGUUGGAGGUAACGAUAACGGUUAUCGAUAACGAUUGGAGAUACUUACCAACCGAAAUGUCGUGUUACAUUAAAUAAAUAAGACAAUGCAAGUCCGACAAGAUGUUUUCACUGUACCAUUCUCUACCACCUUCAAAAACAAAGCACUCUUUGAUUGCCAAAAAUUCCUAAAAUAAAUUUUAUAAGUUAAUUUAAAAUGUGCAUGAGAUAGACCCAAUGUCCAUUUAAAUGGACGCGAAUAACUUAGGGUAAUACAAAACUUAUUUAAUUUUGUUAUUAUUGUAAUAUUAUUUAAAUUUGUCUAUUAAGCAUUUGCAAACAAAAACUUUCACAAAAAUCAUUACAAAACGUUAAAAAUAGGCUCCAUACCAUAGUGGCGAAGCGUGAACUUUUCUUUCGGGUAGACAAACAAUAAAAAUUGUUAAUUAGAAAAAAUGUGUAUUCAAUAUUAUUCACUUUAAUGAAAUAGAGAAUGAAAGCGCAUGGAAUAUUAACUCAAAGAGAAAAAUAUGUAGUGAUAUAAAAAAGAUAAAAAUAAAUACUACUUACAAAAAAACACAACAUAAGUAUAACCAUAACUUAUAAAUUCAUAAUAUCCAUUAUUUAAAAAUUAAUUAAAGACAAAUAAAAACACAACUAAAAUACAAUUGCCAAUAUCAAACAGUCGUUCAUAAAUAACCCCUAAAAUAUCCACUAAAAAAAUCUUUUCUAUACACCCAAAAAUAAAAAUACUAAUUAUUAAAUUACAAUAGCACGCGCCCGCACCAAAUGCAGAUUCAUCAAAAAACAAAACUGAAGAUGUAUUUGCCAUAAACAAUAACCCUCAAGAGCAUAAUAAAAUAGCUGGUCGACUUCGAUAGACAAAAGCUCAAAUGUCUUUCCCGCGAGUAAAUUUUGCAUACGUAAUAGGCUGAAUACUGAUGCAGCUGGACCUCUGUCACCUGCUUGAUGCGUAUAUGGUUCGAUUAGAUGCUCCAAAUUUCGGAAGACAAAUAUCAAUGUGUCUUCCUGCGGCUCGUAUACAUUAAUUGGGUGUCAGCCCUGCAUUUUUAUUUUAAUUGGUGCGUCAGGCGGGGCUUAGAUAUUAUAGAUAGAUAGAUAUUAUACCCGUUUAGAUACUAUAUAAUAAUAGUAAGGAGAGCGACUACAUUCUGUGUUAUUUUUUUUUAAAUUUGAAUUCAACAAUUACACGAAAUAAUUACGUAAUAAAUUAAUGAGAAAUAACUGGAUAAUUUUGGGUAGACAGUGUCUACCUUGUCUACUCGUACGCUUCGCCACUGCCAUACCAUCAUAACGAGAAUCACGUGCAGCCGCUAUCACAACAGAAAACAAACUGAUUCCCAGCACAAUUAAAGUCGACGGAAUCGGACUGGGCGGCAGCACCGAAGUGUCCAACGUAGUGGAUGCGAGGUCUAAGCUGGUUAAAUAAUAAAUUAACGAAAGUGGAAACAUAAAACUGGCAUGUCCAUUUAAAUGGACGCUAGGUCCCAGGAGGAUAUUUAUGGCAUCAGUCAAUUUUGAGUCAGAAAAUAAUACUAGAGACAGAUGCCAUGUGAGUUCUUUGUACAGGCGGUCGUAAAAAAAAUGUGAGUUUCUUACUGCCAUAUGAAAUUCGCCACUUUCUACCAUUGUUAUGUAAUAUAUGUAUAUUUCUACUAAAACUUAUAUAUAAUGUGAUUUUUAAGAAAUUAUUUACGAUAUACGUAUUAUAUAAGGGCAUUGUUUUAGUUUUACAAAAAAUGUGUUUAAUAUCAGGAUGUUCGUGGGGAAAGCUGUAUACCUUUAAAUUUAAUGUUAAAUUUAGUAGUUAAUAUGGAAGUCUAGUCAAUAAUGUAAUAAUUAAAGUUUUUUAUUUAUUUUAUCGUACAGUGGCAGGUCAUUUUCAAAGGAUUUCGAGGAAAACUCCAGUGAUUUUAUUAGAAGAAUUCGCCUUAGAAUUUCUUAAAUUAAGUCUCUAAUUGUUUUGCUAGAGAUAUAGGCAUUUUGUCCCUAAAAAUAUAUUUUUUUUUAAUUUUUAAGGCUAUUUUACUUAUUUUACAGAAAAAAAAUGAUGUAAUGAUUUAAUCAUAUAUUGUAUUCUAUAUUAUUAUAAAUUAAAGCUUUUUUGUUCGAUUUUUAAGGUAAAUUUGUUUAUUCAGUGACUUUAUGACAUAAAAUUCUCUUUCAAGUUUCCUCUUUUUAGGAUAUCUUAGUUUCAGAGAUAGGAGCAUUUUGGCUCCAAGAAUUAGAGCUUUUUCUUUUCUUUUUUCAACAAUAAAUUUAACUAACUACUGAUUUUUUCCAGAAUUCUAUUCAAUUCGUUUAAGUUGCAAUAUUUUUUUGCCUUUUUUUAAUUUUUUUCACAGUUCAAGGGAUUUUAUAGAUUCUUCCACUUAGUUGAAAGUUUUUUUCCCAGGCAAUUAACGCGUUUCAAGUUUUUUCAGAUUCUUUCGUGUUCUUGGAUUUUUAAUUUUUUUUUCCAAAUAUUUAAAUAUUACUUUUUCUAAAUAUUUAAAUGUUAAAAAAAUAUUUUUUUAGAUUGUCA